AUGGCCGACGGUCAUGAUCGCACCCCUCCAAGACACCGUGUACCACAGUCAAUACCUCUCAGAAAUCUCUCGCGCCCUCCCGACGACGAGUCCCAUGGUGGGCACAAGCCUCGUCACAGCCGUGGUCGCUCGAUCUUGAGCGGGCUUAAUCCUACGUCCGACUACGCCAGGCUAGAGGAAGAUGACUCGCCUGUGGGCGGUCUCAGUCCGUCGCGCGGUGCGCGUGACUUCGACGACCGGCCCAGCUCUGGCGAGAUUACUCCUCUUGAUGAUCUAGGAGGGUUUGCAGCCGCCUCUGUGGGCCUGUCUCUCGGCCCCCCUGCACUCGGUGGACUGCGACCCAGCACUCCGCCCUCGGGCUUGAGACGGCCGACUAUCACGACUACAGGUGCCGACGAGGACAAUGAACAACCCUUCUCACCACCUGACACAGACACCACACCUCUGACGACCGACAGUCGACGACGGAUCGGCUCUCGUUCUCUAGAUCACACAAACAGUGGGCAGCGGCAUGACAGACAAAACAAGAGAUCAAGUGUACACUGGGUCGAUGGCGCAGCCUCACUUACUCCGGAGAGAGGUAGAACGUCUCGUCUCGGCGACGAUCUACCGUCAUUGGAUACUGGUGGAGGCGUUGCCCGGAAGAUGAGCUCUAGUAGCGUGAAGCGAUCACGGAGCAAUACAGUGGCCGCAGGCUCAGGCGAUGGCGUUGAGGCAGAUGUUGAAUCUGCAGUACAUGGAACAAGCCCUCUAGAGAAGACACCUUCCGCGGAGGUCUUGCCGCCACCUCCUCCACCCACGAUCUACGAGAACCCGCUUCGAGGUAAAUCGUUUGGCAUCUUUGGUCCUGAGAAUGGCCUCCGCAAAGCACUGUGCGAGCUACUCAUCCAUCCUCUUACAGAGCCAAUCAUUCUGGUCUUGAUCGUCAUUCAGACUGUCAUGCUAGCCGUGAACGCGGCCGCGGAUGCGGUCUACCACCAGUCGAGGGGCGACGCAUGGGGCACGUCGAAGUUUGACUAUGGCAUUCUUGGUCUCUUCAUCAUUUACACGAUCGAAGCCGUAGCAAGGAGCAUCGUGUCCAAUUUUCUGAUGAAUCCGUACGAGUACAGCACACUAGACAGAUCUUUGGGCUUCCGCAAAGCUGUCGUGGACAAAGCGCAAGGCUUAUUUGCGCCUCACACGAAGCAAGCUCCGAAAGCGCCUGUACAGCCAACCGAGCAAGUCUUCCAGCCUUCGAUCGUGCGUACCUUUACGGGUCUGCCAGAGGUCAAAGCCAUUGGCCCAGGGCACUCAAAGCACAAGCAGCGAUUACGUCUCGCCCGUCGUGCUUUUCUCCGACAUUCAUUCAACAGACUAGACCUCAUAGCGGUGGUCUCGUACUGGAUUUCGUUGUCUAUGCAGCUCUCUGGGUACGAAGCUCGAGAGCAUGUCUACAUCUUCAAUAUGCUGAGCUCGUUACGUAUCCUGCGCCUACUCGGCCUCACCGCUGGCACGUCCAUCAUCUUGAGAAGUCUGAAGAAAGCAGCACCUCUGCUCGUGCAUGUUGCAUUCCUGAUCAGCUUCUUCUGGCUCAUCUUUGGCAUCGUUGGUGUUCAGAGCUUUAAGUCGAGCUUUCGACGCACCUGCGUAUGGGUCGGCGAUGACGGCUCUGGCCAGAAUUACACGCAGAACCUUGCGCCAGAGAACAUUCAAUUCUGCGGUGGGUACCUCAAUGCAACGACAGCUGCCGAGAUGCCAUGGCUGAAAAGCGACGGCUCGAAUGGCACGUCCCAUCCCAAAGGCUUCAUCUGCCCCAUCGGCUCACUGUGCGUGGAAAACUUCGAAGGUCCAUACAAUGGCACAAUCGGCUUCGACAACAUCUACCACUCUCUGGAGAUGGCUUUUGUGAUUAUGAGCUCGAACACCUUCUCUGACUUGAUGUACUACCUGACCGACUCGGAUUACCUUUCGGCCUCGCUCUACUUCAUGGCAGGCAUCGUCGUGUUGAGUUUCUGGCUUGUUGGCCUACUCAUCGCAGUGAUCACAUCGUCGUUCCAGAUCAUUCGCGAGGAAAGCAAGAGAAGUGCUUUUGAUGCCACCCCUAUGGACGAGCCAGUCAUAGAUGAGGAGAACGCACCCCGGGUCUCUCAGCUAAAGAAGCUAUACGACAAGACGCAUCUGUUCUGGAUCGCCGUGAUCACCUUCGACCUCGUGGUACAGUCGCUGCGCAGUGCAAGCAUGGGCCCAUCGCGAGAGCACUUCAUCAUGAAUACAGAAACGGCCGUGACCUUUCUGCUGGUUGUAGAGAUCAUUAUACGAUUUGCCUCGGACUGGAGGCAUUUCUUCAGCAGCAAACGCAACUGGACCGAUCUGUUCCUGGCUGUCGUCACGCUUGUCAUGCAGAUUCCGCCCAUACGCAACUCCGGCCAGGUCUAUGCUUGGAUGUCGGCAUUCCAGAUUGCACGUAUCUAUCGCGUGGUCCUGGCCGUGAGAGUGACGAGGGAGCUGCUUAUGAUCGUUUUCGGCAACACUGGUGGUCUCUUCAAUCUCAUCAUAUUCGUCUUCCUCUUCACGUUUCUCGCAGCCAUUUUGGGAUCGCAGCUUUUCAGAGGCGACAUACCUGCAGAAGACGCGGGUGGCAACAAUAUUCUGGUUGAAUUCUUCGAUAUCUGGAACUCUUUCAUUGGCAUGUACCAGAUCUUCUCCAGCGAGAACUGGACAGAGCCGCUAUACAAUGUGCAGCAAUUCAACAAAAUGUACAUGACUGGUUGGCUCGGAGCGAUGUUCUUCGUCCUUUGGUUUAUUAUUGCCAACUUCAUCAUCUUGAAUAUGUUUAUUGCUGUCAUACAGGAAAGUUUCGAUGUCUCUGAGGAUGAAAAGCGCUUACAGCAAGUCAAAGCAUUUUUGAAGCAGAAAGAAGUGACUGGAUCAUCAAAUGCCAAUCUGUCGCUGUCGUCGAUCUUCAAAAUGGGACGCGAUUCCAUGCGGCACCGCGAUGCCCUGCAGUAUGGCUCGGCUGCUGUAGAGCAGCUGCUGAAAGAGGCGGUCGUGAAGGACUUUCUGGACGAAAGAGAUGAGCCUGACCCGCUGUCGAGACGGCCAACCUCGAUGCACUUGUCGAGCAUCCCAACUGUUGGGGCCAACGUGAAGCCGGGAAUGUUCUCCAAAUACUGGGGCAAGCUACUCGGCCGAUCGAACCACGAGCCAAACCCAUUCUACAGCAGUACAUCUACUGAUCGAGCCAAUGAGGAGUUUGAUCCUCGUUCGGUAGCGCAGCAGCUCGUGGCCAACGCAGACCAAAGAAGACGAGCUCAGCGGCAAUACCUCAUCAAGCACCCCAAGUACAAUGUGUCGCUCUUCAUCUUCGGACCGCGCAACCCCAUCCGACGAGCAUGCCAAUUUGUUGUCGGUCCUGGACGUGGUGAGGAGCGAAUCGAAGGUGUUGCGCCAUACAAGCCGGUCUGGUAUGGAGUCGGAGCGUUCACGUAUGCUUGCAUCGUCGCCAUGGUCGUCCUUGCCUGCAUCACCACACCACUGUAUCAACGAACAUACUGGGAGACACACCCUCGAAGCAUUACCAACUGGUUCGUGUGGCCAGAUCUCGGGUUUGCCGUCAUCUUCACUGCGGAGGCUAUUAUCAAAGUCAUUGCUGAUGGCUUCCUCUUCACGCCUCACGCAUAUUACCGGACCGUUUGGGGUGUCAUUGAUGCUGUAGUGGUAAUCACCCUCUGGAUCAACGUCUUGACAACCAUCUUCCAGGAUGAUGGCGUUUCUCGUGCAGUUGGUGCCUUCAAGGCCUUGCGAGCCUUGCGACUGCUCAAUAUCAGCGACACCGCUCGAAGAACAUUCCAUUCAGUCAUUGUUGGUGGCUACAAGGUGUUGGCGGCGGCGUUCGUGACUAUGAGUCUCUUGGUGCCUUUCGCCAUCCUCGGUCUGAAUUUGUUCAAUGGCAAGAUGGAUCUCUGCAAUGAUCAAUCAUUUAGCGGCAAUCUCACGAACUGCAUCGGCGAAUUCAACUCCACGCCAUUCAAUUGGCCUGUUCUUGCUCCACGGCAGGUUGCGAACCCAUACUACGACUUCGAUGACUUUGGAAGUUCGCUCUUUGUGCUCUUUCAGAUCGCCUCUCAGGAAGGUUGGACAGACGUCAUGGGCUCUGCUAUGAGCAUCACAGGCAAAGGUCUGCAGUACGAGUACUUCGCCUCUCAAGGCAAUGCGGUCUACUUCAUCGUGUUCAACUUGCUUGGCGCUGUCUUUGUGCUGACGCUUUUCAUCUCCGUCUUCAUGCGCAAUUACACUGAGCAGACUGGUGUGGCUUUCCUGACCGCCGAACAGCGAUCUUGGCUCGAGCUGCGGAAGUUGCUGAAGCAAAUCUCACCAACAAAGAGAUCUGUUGGCGAAAACAGCAAAGGCCUGCGACGCGUGUGCUACAACUUGUCGAUUAAGAAACGCGGGAAGUGGCAGCGCUUCAUUACGAGUCUACUGCUGCUGCAUCUCUGCAUCCUUCUGGUUGAGUUCUAUCCUGAGCCUGCCUGGUGGGAUCAGACCCGAGAGUACAUUUUCCUCGUCUUCACCCUGAUCCUUGUGGCCAACAUCGUCAUCAGAAUCAUCGGCCUAUCCUGGACGCGCUUCCGCCGCAGCACGUGGGAUCUGUACUCUCUCGUCUCUGUCACCGGCUGUCUUGCUACAUCAAUAAUGCGUGUCAUCACCGAGGACAUACGCGAGAUUGACAUGUUGCAUAAGCUGUUCAUGGUCUCUCUUGUGUUCCUCCUCAUACCGCGGAACAAUCAGCUGGACCAGCUGUUGAAGACCGCGGCAGCAUCUUUUCCACUCAUAGCCAAUCUCCUGGCUACCUGGUUCGUGCUCUUCCUGGUGUACGCUAUCGCCUUCACGCAGACGUUCAGCUUGACGAGGUUCGGCAGCACCACGACCACCAACAUCAACUUCCGUGAUGUUCCCAAAGCUCUCAUUUUGCUUUUCCGAUGCAGUAUCGGCGAAGGAUGGAAUCAAGUAAUGGAAGAUUUCGCGACUAUCGAGCCACCAUACUGUGUCCAGGACGAUGACUUCUACAAUUCAGAUUGCGGCAGUGCGUCUUGGGCGCGAGCUCUAUUUGUCUCGUGGAACAUCAUCAGCAUGUACAUCUUCGUGUCGUUGUUCGUGUCGCUCAUCUUCGAGAGCUUCUCCUAUGUGUACCAGCGAAGCAGCGGAUUACAGGUCAUCACACGUGACGAGAUUCGGCGCUUUAAGCAAGCUUGGGCGGAAUUUGACCCUCGGGGGCGUGGUUAUAUUCCCAAGGAGAAGUUCCCUCGUUUACUCGGGGAACUUUCUGGCGUCUUCCAGAUGCGAAUCUACGACGGCGACUUCACGAUCCGCGCCCUCAUGGAAGACUGCAGAGUCGAACCAGGGGAUAUACACAAACGAAGGCGUGUCGUUGAUGGGAUCGAUCUCGAUCUACUCAACGCCCGCCUCAGCCACAUUCCACUUGAGGACAUCCGUAUGAAGAAGCAACAGAUGGAAGUAUUCUACCAAGAAGUCAUGCUCUCCGCAGAUCCAGAUCUAGGCAUCAACUUCACAUCCACACUUAUGAUCCUGGCGCACUACAACAUCAUCGAAGACUCGCGCAGCCUGCGACUCGAAGAAUUUCUACGGCGAAGAGCACGACUCCAGCGUGUCCAUGAGUCAAUACGGCGCAACAUCGUGGUCGGUUUCUUCGACACGAUGUUCUGGUCACGCCGCUUCCGCGAGGCUAUCGCGCACAAACGCAACUCUCGCAUGGGUGCGCCGCCUUCGAUGCCGGUGCCUGAGAUUAUCGUGGACGAGAUGGAGGACGGCAGCUCCGCUACGGAACCGACAGACUUCCUGCACCCGUCCAGUGCGGCGCGGCCUACAUCGCCCAUGACUUCGCCUCGCCUGCCUCGCAUCGACACAAGCAUGGCAUCAGCCUGGGCGAGAGACUCACCCAGCAGAAGCAGCUUCGACAUAUUCCCGACUGGUGAUCGAAUCAGUCCUGUUCGCGAGAACAGGCCGCGCUUACACAGCGUCGAUACAUCUUAUUCGGGCGGCGUGGAGGGGCGAACUUCGCCUGCCCGAACGCCGCCGCGGACGCCGACAACAACGGGCGGCACACCCAGUCAUUCGAGAAACAAUAGCAAUGUGGGUGAUGCGGGUGUAAUGGAGAGUUUCGACAACUCGGCUUGGGGGGAGAGUAUUAGGCGAGGAUUGACUAGGAAGAGAUCUCAGAAAUGA